CCACCCAAAAAAAAUAAUCCACUGAAGAAAACAAGACAUACGAGAAUCGGAAACUGCCAGUCAAAAUUACAGGAAGUUGCUUUUGUUGCUCGUACAAUUGCAUCGGUAUUUCUGUUUUUGGGUAGCCUUUCUAUGCGUGUGUUGUUGUGGCUCACAUUAGUUUUAAGCAUCUAACUUAUAAGCGAAUCAGUCUUAUCGAACCGAGAAUUUUGUUCUACCGCACUCCUUGUUUAGUUCCUGGCCCUGGGUUGGACUCUCUAGCAUUAGCCGAGGGCCAGCUUACGUUAGCUAACAAAGCUAUCUAUAUUUAUAGAAGUUGUAGCUUUAAAAUAUCGAAAGGAUAUUAAUCUGAAGUACAUUAUAUUACACCAUCAACCAUGGCAGUUGUCAACGAAAGCUCAUUGAAGAAACUGCUCAAGCAAUAUAAAUACAGGGACCUGACUGUUCGUGAGAUAACAAACGUCAUCUCUCAGUACAAGGACCUGAAGCCUGUUAUGGAUUCCUAUGUGUUCAAUGAUGGCUCCACAAAAUCUCUGAUGAGCUUAACAGGAACAGUGCCAGUUAGCUACCGAGGAAACAUCUAUAACAUCCCAGUGUGUCUGUGGCUGCUGGACACAUACCCCUACAACCCUCCCAUCUGUUUUGUGAAGCCCACCAGUGCCAUGAUGAUCAAGACCGGCAAACACAUUGAUGCUAACGGCAAGAUCUACCUCCCCUAUCUGCACGAAUGGAAACAUCCCCAGUCUGACCUUUAUGGUCUGAUCCAGGUGAUGAUCGUGGUCUUUGGGGAGGAGCCCCCUGUGUUUUCUCGCCCCACCUCACAGGCCCCAUACCAGACCUUCCAGGCUGCCGGACCCCCCAACCCAUCCUAUAUGCCGGGUAUGCCAGCGGUCUCCCAGUAUGGACCAAACCCCAACCCUGGUGGCUAUCCGGGUUACCAGUACCCUGGUGGAAACUCAUAUCCUGCCACAGGUGGCACUACACACUAUGCUUCCCAGACUCCUGCCUCCAAUGUCGGCCCCAGUAGAGAUGGCACAAUUGGCGAGGAUACCAUUCGUGCGUCACUGAUAUCAGCAGUGAGUGACAAGCUUCGCUGGAGGAUGAAAGAGGAGAUGGACCGGGCGCAGGCUGAACUCGAUGCCUUAAAGAGAACCGAGGAGGACCUAAAGAAGGGACACCAGAAGCUGGAGGAGAUGGUUUCACGGCUAGACCAGGAAGUGGCAGAGGUAGACAGGAACAUCGACCUAUUGAAGCGUAAAGACGAGGAGCUGAGCGAGGCACUGGAGAAGAUGGAGAACCAGUCGGAGAACAACGACAUUGACGAUGUCAUCGUGCCCACGGCACCACUCUACAAGCAGAUCCUCAACCUGUAUGCAGAGGAGAACGCCAUUGAGGACACCAUCUUCUACCUUGGAGAGGCGCUGCGCCGUGGGGUCAUAGACCUGGAGGUGUUCCUCAAGCAUGUGCGACUGCUCUCCCGAAAGCAGUUUCAGCUACGAGCCCUCAUGCAGAAAGCCCGCAAGACUGCUGGGCUCAGUGACCUCUACUAACCUACACUGAUGCUGCGGAAAUAUACCCACUCUGUUCCAGUCUCUCCCACAAUCUUAAGUUUCUGCCUGUCUCCCUCUCUUCUUUCUUCUCUUCUUUAUCUGACUGUCCUCUCUUUGAAACAGAAUUGUUCCACCUUUUGGUAUUUUCCUCCUGGUGUCUGAUUAAAGUAGGGGCCAAACUCCUGCUUAACAACAAGAAUCUAAAUGCAGUGGAUUCUCCUCACAAAUCAAGAGACACAACAAAGUUGAAUCCAUUUGGGGGGAAUUAGCUGAAUCGCAGGCAGCUGGGAGCACCCUAAAUGUAUAGAAUGGGUCUCAUAGUAAUGGCUGGAACUGAAUAAAUGUAAUAGUACCAAACAUUCUAUUGAUUUCAUUCCAGCCCUUAUUACCAGCAGUCCUUUCCUCAGCUGCCUUUUGUGAUAUGACUCCAAUACCUGUUUGUCAUACACUAGUUGACAACAGAAUUAUAUUUUAGUACUCUGUUGAUGCCCAAUUGGUUUCCAAUCCAGCUACCUUUUGAGGUUAUUGAAAUUGCCAUGAUGAAGCUGAAUGAAACCAGGACUGGACGCCAUUACCUACAUUUGGGAUUUUUACUAAUGGGAUUGUUUUAAGAUGGUCAUACCCACCCUAGAUCAUAUAGCAGUUGGAUUUAGAGGUUUAGGACCUACAUAUACUGUAGGUAUAUAGUAACAUAAAAAAAUUAAUUACAGUGAAAUAGGCGUGUACUCCUACAGUGAUUGAAAAACACAUAGUUACAUGGCUAAACAGGCAAAUAAAGUGUAUCACCUGUAUCUGAGCGAUAGAGAAAACUCAGGAAUUUUUUUUAUAUUGGACACAUUUUACCCCUGGAAUGGUUUUUAUGGUACUUCGCUUUCCUUUUUAUGUUGAUUAGGACAUUUCUGUGUGUCACAGCAAAACCGAUGACUCUGCUAUGUUUCUGAGAGUUUACUGACUAUCUGUUAUAUUUGUAGCUCAAACCAUUGAGUCUGGCAAGUUGGUUUGGUGAAAAGACAACUUUGAUAAGAAGACCGCAGUGUCUAAGAUUGUAGUUUUAUCCCACGGUCUUGUUUCUUAACUCUGUUCUUUCAGAAUAUAUGCUUAGUUCUUUGAAAUGUAACUGUUCCUCUAGGUGCUAUGCACACUUUUGGGAUGUUGGUCUUCCAGACACUUUCAUGUCUGAAAAAACAUAGCCUUCUGCUACUUCAUAUGCUAUGCUAAUGGCUUACUUCAGCGAGUUUAGGAGAAGCUGAUAGAAAACCUGAAAACAAAAACAAAGUAUGUGACAUGAACACACACACAUUUAAUAGAUGAAGUACACUGUCUCGAGGCUGAUACGAGCAAUGUAAAUGUGUUAUCCUUCAUUUCCUCCCAGAAAAUCUAAAACUAUUAAGAACAACCACUUUCUUUUUACAUUUGUCUUUCAAAAUUGCAUCUAUUUUGAUAACCAAUGUGAAAACUGCAUUUGGAUAUGGAGCUAAAAGCAGACAGUUAAUUUUUGCAUAUACUUCCAUAGUCGUGAUUGGUAUUAAAUGUGAUGUGAGAGCUUGUUCUCUGACUGUCAGUGUAUCUCUGUACUACUUAACUCUCUUUCCCCCCGUGAGGUAAAGGUUAUACUCCGAUAUAAAUACAUGCCUCAGCUUUUUAGGAAAUGACAUGUUGAAAUGGUGGGAGCAUGCUUUCUCAAAGCAUGUUGGCACGGAUCGGUUUGGAAAACUUCUGAGGUACUACCCCAACAAAGCUUGCUAGGCAAGCAUGCAACCCUGCCCUUAGUGCCCCUAGUCACUCUGCUUAUUAUUGCAACUGUUUCAGUCAAUGUUGCUUUCAUUGGAAUUUGCAACAAUUGAAUGGCUUUGUGUUAGGGCGAUCCUUCUGUCAGGCAUGAGGUGCGGUCACUUUUUUUGCAACAGGGAAGAAAACCGAUGGUUCCUAUUGGACAAGCAUAGGUAGUACAUUCCAAUUACUUUUUCUUUUCAUCGGUGCCUAAUGAGCCCAACCUGCUGAUCAAUUAUGUUCAUUGUUUUUCAAAAGACUACCCUCAGCACCUGUACUGUGUCUCUAUGUUCAUGUUUAAAUGGUGAAAGAUGUCACUACUACUACACUCCUAUUUAAUGGUGUCAAAAUAAAUUUCUUUUUUUCUGUCAAUUGCAAGUUCUAAGAGGUUCAUAUUUCUUGAUCCUUUACAUUUUGUAUACAGAGGUUGUGAAUUAGUACGUGUCUGAUAUGAAGGAAUCAAUAAUUGAACUAAUCCAGAAUUAUCAAGUAUGCAGACAGAUCUCUUAAAUUAGCUUUUACUAAAUGCACUUUGAAUUGUAAGAUAUUUAUUUGCUGUAGUUUUUUUCAUUUCAUUUUCAAAAAUCUACGAUCUGUUCUUUUUCUGUUGAAUAUUAUGUAAAUCGGCACAAUAAAUAAAGACCGUUUGGUUUGCC